AUGUCGGCCAAUCGGCAGACCUCCUGGGAAACCAAGGCACAGAUUGCACGAGACAUUCUUGAAAAUUCCAUUCCGAAGCAAUGGUUGGUAGAUCCAAAAUUGCUUCAGACAGCCGGAACUCGAAACGUGACCAUUGCUGUGGAAAAAUGUGGUCUUCUCACUGAUGAUGAGAUCGAAAUGACCAAUACGUCUACAGAUGGUUUGUUAGAGAAGUACAGGAGCGGAUGUUGGACAGCGGAAGCUGUUAUAACAGCAUAUCUCAAGAGAGCUACAAUAGGACAUCAGUUUUUGAAUUUCGCGACAGAGUUUUUAGCGGAGUCGGCAAUAAAUGCGGCUAGAAACCUAGACAAACAUUUUCGGGAGACAGGUACUCUUAUAGGGCCUCUUCAUGGUGUACCUGUCUCAGUCAAGGAACAUGUUGGUAUCGGUGGUGCGAGAUGCAACGCAAGCUUUGUAUCAAAAAUUGACAAUCUAGUUGAAGAAGAUGCUCUUAUUGUUAAACUGUUGAAAUCAGCCGGGGCAGUCAUCCAUGUCCGGACUAACCAACCCCAAAGUAUCAUGCAUCUGGAUUGCAAUAACAAUAUCACUGGAAUGACUCUAAACCCACUGGACGAACGUCUUAGCCCUGGCGGAUCAUCCGGUGGCGAGGGCGCCGCCAUUGGGUUUCGUUGCUCCGUUCUUGGUGUUGGCACUGAUAUUGGCGGAUCAGUCAGAGUGCCGGCCGCGUUCUGCAACGUCUAUGGUUUCAAGCCAACCGCGCUGCGCAAUCCAUCCUUGGGGUUAGUCGGGGCUAUGGGCGGCCAGGAGGGCAUCCGAGGUUGCGUUGGCCCUCUAGCACGGAACCUUGAUGACUUGAUUACAUUCGAGAAGGUAAUCUGGAAUCAGGAACCUUGGGAGACGGACACCGUUCUGGUUCCUCUUCCUUGGCGUGAAGUGGAAGUCUCACUAAGUACUCUGACUGUUGGAAUUCUGUUCGAUGAUGGGGUCGUGCAUCCUCACCCGCCGGUAACAAGAGCCAUCGUCGAGGCUGAGAAGAAAUUGAGAGCAGCAGGGAUUAAAACUGUUCGCUGGGAGCCUCACAAUCACUCUGAAGGCUGGGAGAUUCUGAGGCAACUUUACUUUGCGGAUGGCGGGGAACGUGUCCGGGCCGUAAUUAACGAGUCAGGUGAACCUGUGAUGCCACUCACGGAGUUUGCGCUCACUCGAGGAAGCAAUGAUGCGCUAACAAUUCAUCAAACUUGGGAGCUAAACAUGAGGCGCGAGAAGCUGCGUCGCGAGCACCAUGCUCUGAUGCGAGAAAGGGGCGUGGAUGUCAUACUAUGUCCAUCGUACGCAGGAGUGGGAGCCGCUCAAGGGACACCGACAUACUGGCUAUACACCUCGAUAUGGAAUGCCCUUGAUCAACCAGCCGUCAGCUUUCCAAGUAACGUCGUCGCCGAUAAGGAGCUGGACAAAGCCGAUGCAGCUUACGAACCGCGGUCUGACGUGGAUAAGAAGGAAUGGGAAGCUUAUGACCCAGAAUUGUUCCAUGGUAUUCCGGUGUCGGUUCAGCUGGUUGGGAAGCAUCACCGCGACGAAGAGCUUCUGAGGGCUGCCAAGAUCAUCGAGGGCGCUUUGCUGUCUUAG